GUUUGAAUCUCCAUGUCCUGCAGUUGCAAAUCUCCGUUCUUGUCCCACUACUAUAAAGCCCACUCACCUGUCGCUCAUCACUCACGCCUUGCUCCACGAAAACGGUGCAUGCACAACAGCAGCCAUGUCGAACGACGGCAUUGAAACGGCGAGUACGAUCCGAAAAGGAGUGGAUGCCCCCAUAACCGACGACGAAGCUGUGCUCGCAGCAUUGGGAAGGAAGGAUCUCCUCCGCAGAAACUGGGGUUUCUGGAAUAUCCUUGGCUUUGCCGUUACCAACUUGUGCUCUUGGGAGUUUGCAACCUCCCUGAUCGGAUCGACAUUCACCAAUGGAGGCCCUGUGGCCGUAGUGUAUGGGUUCAUCACGACAUUUUUUGGAAUCCUCGCCAUCAACGCUUCUCUCGCCGAGAUGGCAUCAAUGUAUCCCGUCGCUGGUGGCCAAUACUUCUGGACCUUCCACUUUGCACCCCCACGCAUUCGGGUAUUCCUGAGUUACUUCCAAGGCUGGUUGACAUCAAUCGCAUGGCAAGUUGGUUUUGUCAGCACCACGGUCUUCCUCGCCGAGCAAAUCGAGGGGCUCAUCGUACUCAACCACAGCUCCUACGUCCCUAAGAGCUGGCACACUUUUCUCCUGAUGAUCAUGUUUUCCCUCGUCGGCUUGGUUAUGCUGACGCUCGGCAAGAAGGCUCUCCCGGUCAUGCAGACGGUAUCCGGGAUUACACAUAUCGUCUUCUUCCUCGUCAUCACCAUUGUCCUCCUCAGCAUGAGCAAAAAGGCAUCCUCAGAAUUCGUAUGGACCAAGUUCGUCAACAACAGCGGAUGGUCCAACAACGGCGUUAGUUUCUGUAUCGGCCUCUUGCUGCCGGCAUUUUCCAUCUCGGGCGCCGACGGCUGCGUCCACAUGUCCGAGGAGGUCCGAAACGCCUCUCUCAAUAUCCCACGGGCCUUCGUCUACACCCUGCUCAUCAACGGGACCAUGGCCUUUGCCUUCAUGGUCGUCAGCCUAUAUUGCAUCACCGACCUCGAUACCGUGCUCGACACACCGACUGGUUUCCCCAUCAUCCAAAUCUUCUACCAAGCCACCAACUCCAAGGCGGCGGCCACCAUCAUGGACGUCAUGAUGAUGACCAUUCAGAUCACCUGCUCCUUCUGUCUGUUAGCGGCCGCCAGCCGAUUGGCGUGGUCCUUCUCGCGUGAGGGAGGUUUCCCAGGAGCGAAGACCCUGGCAAAGGUCGAUCCGAGGCUCGAGGUCCCCUUGAAUGCCAUUUACUUGAGCGUCACCAUAUCAAUCGUGCUUUCGGUCAUUGUGAUCGGCAGCUCAGUGGCACUGGAGGCUAUCGUGUCGCUUUGCACACUGGCAGCCUUCAUGUCCUAUACGCUACCUAUUGGGUCCUUCUUGUGGUUCAGACUGACGCAGACUACACCUAUCGCGUACGGACCAUGGAAGCUGGGCCGCUGGGGUGUGCCGAUUAACAUCUUCGCUCUAUGCUGGUGCAUAUUCUUUGUGGUUAUUCUACCAUUCCCAUCUGUGAUGCCGGUCACCGCGGAAGACAUGAACUAUGCUGGCCCGAUCGCUGUGGGCGUAUUUUGCGUCUUGACCGUCGACUGGAUGCUCCGAGCAAGGUACCACUACUUCGGACCUAAGGUAGAGAUCACACUGGACGGCGUUGGUCAGGAAGGUGCUGAGACAACGGAAGAGGUGGCUGCCACGAAGGAAAAGUCGUAGGCUGAGUACAAUAUUCCAGGCCAUACGAAGCACGGAUAUACACCCCGAUCCAUGGACGAGCACUCAUGAUUGCGAGAUGAGAGUGUACCAGUUGAGUUGUGAAAGGAAGUGCCUGAGAUAUGUUAUGAAGGGAUUACAUGUCUCUGGGUAGAUAAACUUCCUAUGUUAGGAGAGGGCAUGCCAAUGCCUGUAGGGUUGCACCGCUCUUGGUGUAAACACACUUAUGCGCCAUGUUGGGACGUACUGUACUAAAGAACUAUUCCAUCACAUCACAGCUUGCACAUAUCCCGAAUUACGGACAUUACUCGGACCUUUCGGCUCACGGUUUGAUCAUAGCCGUGGUAGUGUGCUCUCCAUGGG